AUGACAAAACUCGGGCGUACGAAUGCUUGUGUGAUCGUAGCAGUUGAAGAGAUAUUGCAAGAGCAGAUGAUGCAACUGAUUAUUGUCAUUGAUACUAUUGAGAAACAAAAAACGCGUAAACGAAAACGUAGAACAUUAGUUGAGCCUUAUGGAAUGCUUCAUAGAAUCCCUGACCAAGUAAAACAUUUGAGUAGAAUGAUAGGCUUCAAUGACUAUGACUGUGUUUUAAACUUGCGCAUGGAUCGAAAUACAUUUGGGCGCUUGUGUGAGUUGUUGAGGCAAUUAGGUGGUCUUAGGAAUAGUAGGUUUGUAACCGUUGAGGAGCAAGUGUCGAUGUUCUUAUCUGUGCUUGCGCACCAUAAAAAAAAUAGGGUGGUCAAGUUUGAUUUUUGGAGAUCGGGUCAAACAGUUUCUCACUACAUACACGUUGUUCUAAAGGCAAUUUUAAGGUUGCAUGUGAUUCUAUUAGUGAAACCGACUGCUGUGGCUGAUGAUUCCAAUGACACUCGGUGGAAAUGGUUCAAGGGCUGUUUAGGUGCGUUAGACGGCACCUAUAUCAAUGUUACGGUGCCUAAUUGUGAUAAGGCGAGGUAUAGAACGCGAAAGGGGCAGAUCUCUACUAAUACCCUUGCCGUGUGUGACCAUAACAUGAAGUUUGUCUAUGUCUUACCGGGGUGGGAGGGUUUGGCAGCCGACUCUAGGAUAUUACGCAAUGCACUUAACAGGGUGAACGGUUUCAAAGUACCGAAGGGGUCAUACUACUUGUGUGAUAACGGGUAUUCAAAUAGUGAAGGAUUUUUGGCACCCUACAAAGGUGUUAGGUACCAUUUGAAAGAAUGGGGGCCAAAUGCUGCUCGGCCACAAAGUGCGGAAGAGCUUUUCAAUUUGAGGCAUACGCGUGCACGUAAUGUUAUAGAGCGUGCCUUCGGGGUAAUGAAGAUGCGGUGGGGCAUCUUACGCAGCCCAACUUACUACCCCGUUAAGGUUCAAAAUCGGCUUAUAAUGGCUUGUUUUCUACUAAAUAACUUUAUUAGAAACGAGAUGGAUGUAGACCCUUUAGAGCAAACAUUCAAUGAUCUGCCUAUAGACAACGAUUUCAUUGAACCUGAACAUGGGGAGUACGUCGAUUCUGUGGAACCAUCACCUGAAUGGGCUGCAACUAGGGAUGCAAUCGCCCAUUCCAUGUGGCAGCAUUACUUGCUGCAACAAUGA